AUGUCUCGCGAACAACUCUUCCGCCCUCUAAAGCUAGGAAAUGUCGAGCUCAACCAUCGCAUUGUCAUGGCACCACUGACACGCUUCCGUGCGGAUGAUGAACACGUUCCCAUAUCAGACGUGAGAGAUUACUACGCUCAGCGGGCUUCAACGCCAGGCACUCUGAUUAUCGCCGAGGCCACCCUGGUCAGUCCACGGGCCUCUGGAAUAGCCAAUGUGCCAGGGAUCUGGAGUCCUGAGCACAUAAAUGCUUGGAAAACCGUUACCAAAGCCGUCCAUGCUAAGAAGUGUUUCAUUUUCCUUCAGUUAUGGGCUCUCGGAAAACGGUCUGACCCCGAACUUCUCAAACACGCAGAAGGUGGCCCCUAUCCACUUGUCAGUGCGAGUGCAGUACCUCUUCCGAACCAAGCGCCUCUCCCCAAUGCGCAAUUAGGGGAAGCCACUCUGUCCCCGAUUCCUCAUGCCUUGUCUGUCGAUGAAAUACAGCUAUUCAUUGAUGAUUACGCUUCUGCAGCAAAGAACGCCAUUGCUGCUGGAUUCGACGGGGUUGAAAUCCACGGCGCAAACGGAUACCUUGUCGACCAGUUUUUGCAAGAAGCAAGCAAUUGCCGAACAGAUAGGUAUGGUGGUGGUAUUGAGAACCGCUCCCGUUUCGGGCUUGAAGUCACCAAAGCUAUCAUCGCCGCAGUCGGUAACGACAGCAAGAAGGUCGCAAUGCGCUUGUCGCCAUGGUCAGAAUUCACUGGCGGGGCGACCGACGCAGUUGACCCCAUACCGCAGUUCUCCUACAUAAUAUCCGAGUUAAAGAAGCUCGACCUCGCCUACCUGCACCUCGUCGAGAGCAGGUACGCCGGGGAUGCGGCAACGGCAGCGUACGAUGCUCUGACGAGACGCAACGACCCAUUCAUUGAGAUCUGGGGAUCGCAGGCCCCGAUCAUCCUCGCCGGCGGAUUCACGCCCGCGACGGCAAAGAUUGUCACCGAGGAGCUUCACCGAGACCGCGACUUGUGUGUGGCAUUUGGACGGUAUUACAUCAGCACUCCGGACCUGCCGUACAGGAUCUGUCAGGGCAUCUCGCCGAACCCCUAUGACCGUGCAACAUUUUAUACCAAGAUGAGCUCCGUCGGGUAUACGGACUAUUCCUACAGUCCACAGUACUUGGCCGCUGCUCCCGAGAAGACGGUGGCCUCGUCAGCUUAG